UCAUCACACUUUUUGCAUGGCCCUUUACCCACUAUUCAGGACCAGUACCAAAUCAGCUGCUCUAGAGUGCAGAGUGACCCUUCUGUGGGCAAUUACUUAUCUGCUUAUCUAUAACAGGAAAAGUCUUUGUGCCUUUUCUGUCCAGUGAGAAGGUAGAGAGGAGAGGAAAGAGAGUAUAUGAGGCAUCCACUACCAGAACUGCUGUGAACAUUUGGCUGAGUGUAGGGGACUAAGACAUGUACCUACUGGUGCUGCGGCUGCUGCCAUUGCUGUUGCCACUCUUAUCUCUCCAACAACAGGACCUCUCAGAGAACAAGGUGGCCAUAGGGAGGAUGAUCCUUCCUGCCCUGGAGAAAGCCACAUCAUUCAUGGAGAAGAGAUUCAGCGAGCUUAACCUGGAUGGAGUAUCAGGAUUCUGGAUACUGGAAGUGCAACUAAAAGGUGUCUUGGAGAAAUGGGGCCAGGAGCCUGCCCUGAAGCCCUUGAGCCUGAAGGUAGAGAACAUAGUGAAGAAGUUGUUACCCCUCAUCACCAGAGCCACAAUCUACCUCAAGCUCAGUGACUCUAUGUACUUCAAAGAAUUUCAAGAGACUCUAAAGCCAGGGUUUUGGAAUCUCCCUCAUUCAUGGAGUCAAACAAACACCUCCAUGAUCUACUCCAAGUUUAGCAACUCACAUCCUUUUUCAGAAGGAUUAAGUGAUUCAUGCAUGGCGCUCUUACUAGGAACCAAGGAGGAGGGCUUGCAGCCCUGCACUGUCACUGACGUCUGCAGGGAACUCAUGACUAAGCCUGGCUGCAUGGGCUAUACACUCUCACACCAGCUCCUCUAUUUCCUGAUUGCCAAAAUGAAAGGAUGCUCAGAUGGCCUGUUCCUCCAGUCCAAAUACUACAUGGAUAUUCUGUGUGCUAACAUGAUGGCAUUGAACUUGGAAAUUGAACAAGUUGGAUUUCCAUUUCUCAAUCAAGAUCUCUUCAUGGAAAAUAUCAUGUUCUGUGGAAUUUCUGGAUACUCAGAUUUCUACAAGCCUAGAUGGCUACAGAUUAUUCUUACCUGGCAGCAACCUAAGGAGGGAUGCUUUGGGAAGCCUUAUGACAAUAGAAAACAAUUACCCAGAGUUGGUAAAGACCAACAACAAUCAUUGAGAAGAGUUAAGAGGAGAGAGAAAGGAUUUUCAGAUGGGUGUUCUUCACAUAAAACAGGUGUGGCAGUUGCAGCCUUGGGUGGCUUCCUUUAUCACUCUGCAGAACAUUCACCAACCAUCACCAAAGCUCGUUAAUGCCUCAAAACAAGCAAGCAGCAACUCAAAGGGAUGAUUCUAUACCUGCUGAAAAUGAAACAUAGCUUUUUUGGUAAUGCAUCCCCUUAGGUCCUGAGAUUACAUAAAUUCACCAGGAGAGUAGUGGGAAACUACAGGCAGACAAGCUAGACAAAACCAGUGUAAUUGAAAAUUGGGAUUAGCAGAGCUAGCAGAAGGAUAAAAGUAACAGUAUUAACUAUGUUUAGCAAAACUGGUCACCCUGAUUGGCCUCCAGAAAUUACUAAAUUAUUUUAACUUAACCAACAUCAGGCAUCUCUUAUGUGCAGACAACUGUGCAAGAUGCUCAGGGGAAAACAAUUUCAAUAAAUAGUGCCUGUCUCAUGGAAUUUACAAUCAAAGUGCCUCUUCCUAACUCCUCGUAAUAUAACACCCCUGGAAAGGUGAAUUCUAGUCAUUGAAAGCCAGGAAAUUUUGAGGUUGGGUAUUCCCAGGCUCCACAAUUUCUAUCUGUUCUGUUUAGGAGCAAAGACAGAUAUGGCAAGUAGAUAUAUGACUUUCAAGGAAUAAAAUACCACAUUGCCCAGAAUUUGAAGCAAUAUACUUUCACAGCAUAUGCCUACUGGGGAAGCCCACUGAAAUGUUUCCUUCCCACAGUCCCUUUGAUUCCUUAAUUAAUGGCACCUAUAGAAUAUAAAUGCUAUAAGAGUAGAAAAUGUUUGUUUUCAUCUUUGUUCUCCAGAACCUAUUAAGUGUCUGGAAUAUAGUAGGAGCUUAAUAAA